CAACUACGAAAAAAGGGAGGGUGUUCGUCGGUCAAUUUAGCUAAGCUAUAAAGUACAAACUCAUCUUGUCCAACAAAGCUCACGACACAAAACAAUAAGGAAUCUCCUGCAAAGAGGAUUAGACUUAUACAUACUCACAGAAACAUACAAACACACCAUGUCGUAUUCAACAGUGAAACGAUCACUGGAGAUUGAGGUAAUCUCAGCGGAAGGACUCAAGGUAGAUCGAAAACCAUUGAAGAAGAAAACAUACAGCGUAGUGAGAAUCGAUGAGAAAUCUUGGGCUUCCAAAUUGGACGAAUUAGGAGGGAGUUACCCAAUUUGGAAAGAUAAAUUCGAUAUGGAGAUGCCAAUAAACGCAAGUGUAAGGUUUAUCUCCAUUGAGGUUUAUUAUCGCACAAGUAGCGGGAGUGACAAAAAUGUUGGUUACGCCAAGAUUCCGGUGACGGAUUUCAUCGGAGGUUUUGCUCCACAAGGGCAUUUGAAUUUCUUGAGUUACAGGUUGAGAGAUGAGUACGGUGACAAAUGUGGAAUCGUCAAUGUGUCUAUCAUGGUGAAACCUGACGGUAAUGAUAAAUCGUCGUCGUUUGCUGUGGCUCCGGUGGAUUAUGCUGCGUGUUCUUGGCAAGCUACCACGGCGUCGAAUAAUCAAAUGUGGAGACCGAGGACAUCUUCAUCAAUGGCUUCGACUGCUGGUUAUGGCGGCGGUCGUGUUGUCACCGGAGUUCCUGUUUGGUCUUUAAACAAAAACAAUUAGGCGUCUGGUGGUGACCGUGUUUCUGUAAUCUUGGUGAAAGCUGGGAUCGACACCGGUGGCGCGAAGUUAUGAGGAAAACUGCGCAUAUUGAUGGAUUUGGGUUCAUCACAAACGUCUGAUAUACAGACGAUAUAGGUGCGCAUCUGAGCUUUCUUUUUCUCAUUUUCUGGUCUUGUUUAUUUUCGAAACUAGAAGAUAUAUUUAUGUAAUAAUGAAUUAUGAAAAUGUACCAGAAGUGGAUAAAUAGUGCUUGAAAAACCAUCGUAAUUUAGUAUCCUAAUAAUAAACAAUCAAAUUUUAUUUA